GUCGGGGGCUGGAGUGACAGAGAGAGAGAGACAGAGAGAGAGAGAGAGAGCGAGAGAGAGAGAGAGAGAGAGAGAGAGCGAGCCAGCGAGCAGGGAAGGAGUGGUAACUGAUCACGGGCGCACGCCAUGGAUGAACUAGACCUGCUGUUGGCGGAACUCGAGGAGACGUCGGUGAGCGUCGCCCGACCUUCGGCCGCGUCCGACUUUGACUUCCUGGCAGCGUACGCCGCGGACAGCAGCUCGCCGGAGGCGCCAGGAGGCGCCAAGGAGCAGGAGCCCGGCCGGGACCGGGGCGCGGCGGCCCCCCCAGAGGAACUGAACCCCGUCUACGCCUCAGCUCUCACGGAAUCGGGAGACGUUGUCAGCCAAGCGCCGGGGGCCGUUCGUGCCGCUGGCAGAACCCCCGCGGAGCCCGCCCGGGAUAAAGCUCAGAGCACGGUGAUGAGCCCCACCACGGCCGCCAGAGAGCUGGACAACAUCAUGGCGGAUUUAGCUGGCGUUCUUAGCUCUCCCGACCUGUCGCCGGCCGCGGCACACCCCGCUCCCGGCAGAGCUGCCCAGGAACCGGAGAGCUCUCUGGACAGCAUGCUGGGCACGCUGCAGUCCGACCUCAAGCGGCUGGGGGUCAGCACGGGCCCGAAGGGCAUCUGCUGCUCGUGCAAGAAGCCCAUCGUGGGAAAGAUUGUCACGGCGAUGGGUCUAACCUGGCAUCCGGAACAUUUUGUCUGUGCUCACUGCGAGGAAGAGAUCGGGCAGAACGGUUUUUACGAGCGGGACGGCCGGGCCUACUGCAACAGGGAUUACCACAAGCUCUUCUCGCCGCAGUGCGCCUACUGCAGGGGACCUAUACUGGACAAAAUCCUGACGGCCUUGGAUAAGACCUGGCAUCCGGAGCAUUUCUUCUGCGCGAACUGUGGUGAUAUAUUCGGCGCCGACGGCUACCACGAGAAGGACGGCAAGGCCUACUGCCGCAAGGAUUAUUUCAACAUGUUCGCGCCCAAGUGCGGUUGCUGCGAACGGCCCGUCCUCGACAACUAUCUGUCCGCCAUGAACAGCGUCUGGCACGCAGAGUGCUUCGUCUGCAGGGACUGCCUGACGCCCUUCACGAACGCCUGCUUCUUCGAGAUCGGCGGGAUGCCGUACUGCGAGCUGCACUACCACGAGCGCCAGGGGACGCUCUGCAGCGCCUGCCAGAAGCCCGUCACCGGCCGCUGCAUUGCCGCCCUGGGUAAGAGGUUCCACCCGGAGCACUUCGUCUGUGCCUUCUGCCUGAAGCAGCUGUGCAAGGGGGUCUUCAAGGAAAACAACGACAAGCCCUACUGCAACGGGUGCUUCAAUAAACUGUUCCUCUGAUAAAGCUGCAUCAGACGCACCCAUCCCAACCCCCCGCCCCCGUUCCCAGCUCACAGCAAGCACCGUCCCUCCAGCAACCCCCAACCAUCACUCAUUCAUCGCUCUGCAUAGAAAGUCACGGGCCCAUCGGUCCCCGAUAUCGCGCCGACUUCUUAACCUAUACCAACCACCCCCUCGUACCUAGCCCACCAUCUGUCGGUCAAACAUGCACUUAUCUAAGAGUGUCUUCAAUGCUCCAGAUGCAUCGCCUUUGGCAGGGCGUUCCCACUACCCUCUGCGUAAAGCAGACCACCCUGUCACCCCUUCACCCGCUAUGCUGUUUUACAAUCACCUUAAAAUUCCUGCCCCAGGAAAUUGACCACCCACCCGAUCUAUGUAAUGAGGCAUGCCGGCCUCUAGGGGGAGCCGGAGAGCGCUUUUUUCUCCGAGGUUGCUAGCGUACCUUCAUCGGGUAAUUGUCCUUUAACUUCUGUCUUCCGGGUCACCCGCACUAUUUAGGGGGGCCGGUCCUUAGCGCUUAUCUCGGGGGUCUUAGCUUUGGAGAAUGUUUCGCCUCGUGGUGUCGCUCGGUCGAGAAACUGAUGUUCUGCCGCGAUUCCCAUGUACAGUAUUCCGAUUUUCUGAUGUAUAAACUCUGUUGC